AGACGGAGAGUCUCCGAUGACUGUCAGCGAGAUGUCGCCCAGCCGGGCUCAACGGCAGCCCAACACACAGAGACCUAACACAUGCUGCUUCUGCUGGUGUUGCUGCUGUAGCUGCUCAUGGAAUGAAGAGGACAGAAGGAGGAAAUCCCUGGAGACACAUCUGGAGACCAUAUCAAACUGUGAACCUUGCACCAAACCAACAUUAGAGGAGAUGAGGGUUUGGGCCCAGUCGUUCGACAAGCUGAUGAAGAAUCCUGCAGGUCGGAACGUGUUCAGAGAGUUCUUAAGGACUGAGUACAGCGAGGAGAACAUGUUGUUCUGGCUGGCCUGUGAAGACCUCAAACAGGAGAUGAACAAGAACACAGUGGAGGAGAAGGCACGCAUGAUCUACGAGGACUACAUCUCUGUCCUGUCUCCCAAAGAG